AUGACGAUGGGCGAAGAAUUUGGUCAGCACUUCACAUAUCUCUUUGCCCGUCUUGGUGCUGCCGGAGAAACCCCGGAAGCCGAGGGGCGUGAGACAGGGCGUGCCAUUUGGUGCACUGGGACAGGUGUUACACUGAGGCUCGCAGCCAACAGAGACCAACUGGUGAGGCAGGUGGCCGGGGAGGCAGUCAUUGAGGUAGGACAUCAGGGGCGAUUUAUCGGAGCACUCCGGCUCGGCGGCGAAGGCACUGAGCCCGUCCGUCACGCCGUCUAUCACAGCCGUGCUUGGCCUGGCGAAGCACUCCGGCCUGAGGCCGGCGAGUGCCUUGUCAAGCGCGUCAAGCAGACCACGGACCUCAUGGCCGUAGCGUUGCGCACCGGUUAUGUGGGUGAGCAGAGCGCUGAGCGCCGUGUGAACUGCACUAAGUCUGUCAGCGUAGUGAUCCUGGGACUUGGGGAGCAGGGGACUUUUUUCGCCCUCACGCUCCCUGUGCUCCCUCCGGAUCUCACUGCCGAGAUACUCGUUGACCGGGGCGUAGAAAGCGUGGAACGCGGAGGAUAUGACGGCAAUUUCUCUCUCUUCCGUGACGCUUUCGAGGCUGUCAAAGUGUCCGUGCGCAUAUUUCAUGAGCCCCUUGAAGCCCACGAAGAGAUCCCUGUUUAUCUCGCCGGGCAGUUCCCCCAGCUCCCCGGACGCCUUGGCGGCGAAGUGUUUCAGCGCGUCCUUCGCGGACUCCACGUAGUCACGCCGCGCCUGCUUGCUGAGCUCCGCGACUGCCUUUUCAAUCUCACUGUCUACGAAGCGUUCAAUGUUUUCUACUUUCUCCCAUUUUAUGUAAUCGGCGUCGGUGAGGAACUUGUCGCACAUCUCUAUUGCCUCCUGGAGGUCACCGGUGCUGAGGGUGUGAAUGUCUUUCUUUAUGCCUUGCAGUUUAUCAUCAAUGUUAUCCUCUUUGAAAUAAUCCAGUUGCCAAUUUGUCUUUGCAGCAUUGUCCGAAAUCACACCGCACAGGUCCCCCAGAUGCUUGUUGACGUCAGGGACUGUCUCCCUGUUGAGCCUGUCAAUCUCAUUUGUGAUUUUAUCAAGUCCAUUUCCUUUACCUUUCCCAAUCUUCUUUAUCAUAAAUUCCAUAUUCUUGAUCACGCCUCUUUCUUUUGGCUCACCGGCAUCCUUACCCUGCAACUCACUCCUCAGCUCGUCAAGCUCCGCGGUGAUUUGGGUGACGCCUUGCUCUAUGUUCUUGGGUUGUCCAGUCAACUCACUUUGUUGAGCGUGAAGGCCAUCUUUAAUAUUCUCCAAGCCCUUUGCUUUGUUAUUAUUUAUGUUCCAACUUGGCACGUUACUCAUCCCUUUGUCCUUCAAAUCACCCAGCGUCUUGAUGACGUCAGUGUCCAGCGUGCACAUCUGCGCUUUGAGUGCUGUUUUGAUUGCUUCGUUGGCUGUUUGGAUUUCCUUUGGUUUUUCGUUAAACUCAUGGUCAUGAAGGUCCUUAAUUGCCUCCUGGAUGCUUUUAAGGUUGACAGUGUAAUUUCUUCCAUAUUUACCCUUAUAUGUACCAAGAUGCUUAUUUAG